GACCGUUGACCCGGAAACACUCCGAAUUCUUCCGAUAUAUGCCGAAGCCGUCUCCAGCAAGGAGAAUGAGCUUGAAAAGUUCAAUUUAGACGGUCCUACUGGACUUUCAAGAUCGCUUUUCAUGUUGAGAUGAACGGGCCAAGAGGGAAAACAUCGCCUCCCGUUCAGAUAACCGCCCAGCAUUCUCAGAGAACGGUAUCUGCACCACAAAGAGGCCAAACGCCACCACUACGACAGUACGAAGAGCAACACACUUAUUUGCCGUCUCAUCAUUUCCAGGGGCCAACAUAUGCUGACAUGUCAAAACAAGCGGUGGCCUCAGGGCGUAUGCCUAGUCAGAACAUAGUGCCACCACCCCAGGGCCAGUAUAUGCGUGGACAGCCGCAAACUUUCUACAUCGAGCAGCAGGAUCCUAACGUGUGGACACAGUCUCAGCCAUACUAUAUGCCAAAUCAGCAACCGAUGCGACAGCCACGCAUGCCAUUGAGCAACAAUGGACAAGUGAACAACACUGUGUUCAUCAGUGGCGUCCCAAGCAUGUCUUUCCAGCUACCACCUGGUAACAUAUCAUAUGGCAAUCCAGGGGUCCAAAUACUGCAGCAACCUAACCAGUAUAUGCGAAUGAACUAUACUGUUCCCCAGCAACAGCAGUUACCUGGAUACCUUCCACAGUAUCCCAAUCAGGGUGGGGCCAGUUAUCCAGCACCUGUGUAUUAUUCUCAGCAAAUGACUGUUGGUGCCCCUGGUAAUCCAAACAGGCCACCAUCUGCUGGACCUCAAGGAUCCUUGGGGCCUCAGACUGCCUACAGCAAAGAAAAAAGGAGAAACCCGGGAAUAACUAUACAGGACCCAAAUACAGGGCGUGAUGUUACGCAAGAAAUAAUUUCUGGGGCAAGGCCAGCUUCUCGAGAAUCUGAUAUGCAGGACAGCUCAGGAACUAACAGUGUUGCAACUGAGUUUGCUGAAAAAGUAGCAGCAGUGCUGAAUACUACCAAAAACUUACCUGAUAGUGAAAUGAAGCCUCAUCAUCAGGAGUACUCUCCCAUGAGUCUUCAUGGUAUGCCCUCACCGCAUACAAGUGUGUCACCGGCACCCCCCCAGGUGCAGCACAAACACCCACUAUUAACACAACCACCACAAAUGGUUGUGGCACCACAGUCACAAGAAAUGUCACAGGAGACAGUUCAAGACAACUUUCCAUCUGUGGUGAAUGGUGAACAAGAACCUGAAACAGAUAUACAAAUGGUAACAGAUGUAGUUCUGCAACCUUCCCAAUCCCAUCCCACCCACACCUUGGCUAGAACAGAACCUGAAGUGGUUACCCACAAAACAGAAGAAGUAGAGGUUCCUAGCCAGUUACCUGUUUCGCCGCCAACCUCACCAGUAAAACCUGAUUCAGAGCAAAUUCCUGAGCAUCUCAUUAAAGCACAGGAGGCAGGAGACAGUCAAGCAUCACAAGAAGCUUCUCAGCCCCUUAUUCCGAAGGAGGAGGUUGCAGUGGCAAAUAUCCCAGAAGUACCAACCCCUGCUUUGCAGUCUGCUGGGGAUCCCAGUGCCAGUAUGUCAAGAAGAACAGAAGAAGCUAUUUCUAAUCCCCUCUCCAUUCCACAAGAGACACCAAAAGAAGAGUGCAAAAUUGAUACUUCACGGCCUGUGGCAAACUCCAAAGAUGGACGCAAGAGCAAGCGCAACAAAAAAGAUCUGAACAAGAGAGGCGAGUCUAAAGAAGGCACCGAUAUGGAUGCAUUUUACGAUGCCAAGAAAGAGGAACUUUUUGCAAAACCUCCCAGUGAGAUGGAAUCAGAUGCAUCCUCUAGUACAUCAUGCCAGUUGAUUGGCACUGAACAGGCAGAUUCUUUAUCUAAGCCCCCUGAGUCUGAACUAGUGAUAGAAAUUGAACCUGAAACAAAAGAACUGGAGGAGCAGGAGCCUGACAGCAUUUCACCACCACCAGAGGUGAAGGUCCAGGAGUUUGAAGAACCUGAAGUAAAUUUAGAUUCUGCUGCUGAGGUCACUCCAGAGAUUUUGCCUGCAGAAUCUGAUAAAACAGAAGUGUUGAAGAAAGCUGUCAAUGGCUUUGAGCUGAAGUAUAGUUACAGAGAAGAUCAGUGGUCUCCAUUAAAUCCUGAGGGCAAGAGACAGUAUGACCGAGAGUUCCUGCUAAUGCUUCAAAGCAUCCCAGAGUCAUGCCAGAGACCUCAAAAUCUUCCUGAAAUUCCUGACAUUAUCUUGGACAAGAUCUCACCUAUGAAAACAUCUGGAUCCCUCUCAUCAAAGUCUUUUCCAGAUUUUACUCCUGGUUUCUUUUCCAUCAAAUCUAACCAGCGUUCUGGCAACACUGCUUCAAUAAGCAAACGCGGAAGCCACCAGAGAAGAGGGGUUUCAGGUACAUCUGAGCAGAGAGUUAUAACAACAAGAGUCACAGAGGUGCAACUCCACAAAAGUGAAAAUGCAUAUAGGCCUGGGGUCCAUUCAGAUAAUGUGCCUAAAGAGGAUAUGGAUACUCAGAAAUUGUACCGAAAUGUCAAGGCCAUUCUAAACAAGCUUACGCCACAAAAGUUUGACACACUUGUGCAGCAGGUUCUUCAACUGCCUAUUAAUACUGAAGAGCGACUAAAAGGAGUCACUGAUCUUGUUUUUGAGAAAGCAUUGAGCGAACCAAACUUCUCGGUUGCCUAUGCCAGCAUGUGUAAGAGCUUGUUGACCCUGAACAAGGUCCCAUCUUCAACCAAAAAGGGUGAAUUCGUUCAGUUUCGCGCAGUCUUGUUAACAAAAUGUCAACGAGAAUUUGAAUCUGAUAAGAAGGCUGAACUGGAUUUAACAGAACGAGAAAAAGAAAUUGAAUCUGCUCCUGAAGAAAAGAAAGCAGAACUCAGGGAAGCUCUUGCUGAAGCAACAUUAAAGGCUCGCCGACGUUCCACGGGCAAUAUCCGCUUUAUUGGUGAGCUGUUCAAGCUCAAAAUGUUGACUGAAAACAUUAUGCAUGAUUGUGUCUUCAAGUUACUGAAAAUGAAGGAUGAAGAGAGUCUAGAAUGCUUAUGUCGCUUGCUUGCUACUAUUGGAAAAGAGCUCGAUACACAAAAAGCAAAGAUUCGUGUUGAUCAAUAUUUUAGUCAGAUGCACAAAAUAAAGAAUGAUAUGUCACUUCCAUCACGUGUGCGCUUCAUGGUACAAGAUGUAAUUGAAUUACGUCUGAAUAAUUGGGUUCCCAGGAGAAAUGAAUCACGUCCCACCACCAUUGACCAGAUUCACAAGGAAGCUGCUGAAGAACAGCUACAACAGAAGUUUUUGAUGUCUCUCCCAAUGCCUAAAAUGGAUCAGCAGGGCCAAGGUGCACAACGUGGAAAAGGUGCACCAAAAGGAGGCAGAGGAUCUAUGGGUGGGCCUUCAGAAGAUGGAUGGAACACAGUAAGCUCCAAAGCAAUGAGAUCUAUUGAUGCUUCUAAAAUGAAAUUAUCACGGCAAAAUGUUGAUGAGAACAUCCAGCUUGGUCCAGGAGGUGGAACCAAAUUUUCAAUGUGGGGAAAAGGCAGUCAAGGAGGAGGAUCUCGUUCACAGGAGGCAGAAAAGCCAGCAGGAAAUAGGUACAGUUUGUUAAACAGCAUGCAUGAAGGUGAUAAUCGGCGUAGCUUUGGUCGAAGUCCAGCACGAGGAGACAGUCAUGGACGACAGGACAGCAGACGUGACAGGGAUCGGGACAGGGACAGGGAUCGGGAUUCUGGUGCAUUUGCUCGACCUAAAGCAGUAUCACGAUCCUCACAAGAAUCAGAGAGAGAACGAGAACGAGCUGUUGCCAGUACAAGAAUUAUUCUCAGUACUGCUGGUGGAGGUGCUGGUAGUGGUUCCUCCAAUCCUCCUUCUCGUGAUGCAAGUCGUGACAACAGCAGGUCACGAGACAGGCCACAGGCAACAGCCAGGCCUGGUACUGGACCAGAUGCCACAACCAUGACACAAGAUGCCAUUGAAAACAAAACAAAAGCAAUCAUAGAGGAAUACUUGCAUAAUCAGGAUAUUGUCGAAGCAACUGAAUGCUUUGCUGAAUGGCGUAACCUGGAGAAGGGUGCAUUUGUGUCAAGUAUCAUUACCAUGGUAUUAGAGCGAUCAUCGCAAGCACGUGUCAGCAUAGGCGACUUCUUGUUUCACCUUGCUAAAAUGCAACUUCUUAAUACCGACGAACUUAUGAGCGGGUUGAAAGAAGUUCUAGACUUGGCUGAAGAUUAUGAAAUUGAUAUACCAAAGAUUUGGGAGUACCUUGGUGACAUAAUUGGGCCUAUGGUCUUGGACAACUCAGUUCUGCCAUUGCAGUUUCUUCGUCAAGCUGUUAAGGGACUUAUUGAAAGCAGUGGCAAAAUAAAGACUGCGCCACUUUUGGCUCAGUCUCUUAAGGUCGCCUGCCAAAGAAAGCCCCACAGUCACAUAGCAGCUCAGUGGCGAGCAGCUGGUUUGAAAAUAACGGAUUUUGUUGAAGCAGACACAGUUGUAUCUUUUAUUCAAAAAAAGGAGUUAGGAUGGCUGGAGGCAGGGGCCGAUGCACCAUCCACUCCCCCUGCAGUAGCCACUCACUCACCUGGGUGGAUCCAGGAACGAUUAAUUGAACGGCUGAGUGAAAAGAAUAAUGACAGCGAAAAAAUAUUUGACUUUAUUGAGGCAAACACUUCCGAGGAGGAGCAGAGAUCAAAACAAUUUAUACGAGAACUGAUGACAGCUGUUUGUCAAAAUGCAAUAUCUGGAGGAUCAGGCAAUGCCAAGCUCAUUCCAGAAAAUAUUCACUAUCGAAGGCCAGUCUUGGUAAAAUAUUUAGAGGCAAAACCUGAAAAUGAACUUCAGGCGCUAUAUGCUCUUCAGGCUCUUGUCCAUAGCUUGGAACAUCCACCAGGUCUUCUUCGUAAUUUCUUUGACAUUUUGUAUGACGAAGAGAUUAUUAAUGAAGAUUCCUUCAACCGAUGGGCAGCCAGUGAUGACCCAGCGGAACAGGAGGGAAAAGGUGUUGCAAAACUAAACACUACUCAGUUCUUUGUGUGGCUAAGGGAAGGAGAGGAAGAGAGCUGACCCUUCAGCAGGUGUUAGCUUCACAUUGUAUGAUGUAUUUAUUUUCCUCCCCUCAACCCCUCCUUUUCAAAGGGGAAAGGUUUUGUGUACAGAAAGCUUACUGUACAUACAUUGUUUGAGGUCAUGAUUGGGUUUUUUUCUUUCUUUUUUGUGUAUGGCAAUGACUUGUUUCCUAUUAUAUGCUGUGGACUUAAGCAUGCAACAGAAGGUUGACUCUUUAAACACUAUUGCUGUAUGUUUACGUAUGGAUGGUUGUUGAAAGGAAUGAGUAUUGUGUACUUGAAAAAAAAAUGUGAUGUUAGAAACUGUGGCAAUGGGUUUUUUCCCCUGGGAUCCCGAUGCCGCAGGAUGGUUCUGAUACUUGCAAGGGAGUUAUAGCAGACCGCUUAUCUUUGGUUACAAGGCCAAAGGAAAUCAUUGCCCCAUGACCUAUAAAAUGUUCACUUUUUUCCCUGUGCCUCUUGUUAUCUUUUAGUGAAGUCACUGCCUGACACAUGAUCUGCCAUUUAUUCCAGAUGAUGUCAGCUGGUCUUGUUACCCUCCCAUUUUCCUGUCUUUGAAAUCUCUCACCAUGAAAAAUGUUUUUUAAUGAUUGUUACAAAAUUUACUCUGAACUGUGAGCAUUGAUUUAUUGGAUUUCAUAUGGCUUUCAUCUUGGUCAGGGUUAGAUGAAUACAAUCCAUUCUUGUAGUCUGGGAUUGAUGGUUGGACAAAAGAUAAACUGUUUUUGUGACCUGUAGAUUGUGCGGCAAAGGGCUUCUGUUCAUAAGACAGCAUCGGCUAGUCAUUGUGUCAUGUUUAAUUUUUAAAAAAAUUUCCCCCAUCUGCCACAAUAGAUUUUUGACAUUACUAUAGUAAAAGUUAAAAUCAACCAUACGUUGUCUGUGCUCUGUGGGUGAACACAUCUAGUACUGUGUAAGGCUGAUGACGUUUGUUUCAAAAGCAAAUGUUUUCCUUUUCCUUCGUCGUCUUCCCACAAGAACAGGGUUGGAAAUAUUUAAGUCUUUAUAUAAUUUUCUAAGACAUGUUUGAAAAGGGGGCGAUUUCGUUCUUUUAGUCAUCAUUUACAAGUAAUAACUGGAAUGAAGGCCUUUUGUGUCUGCAAGGUAUACCAAAGCUCACAUGGAAGAGCUAAGUAGAGAGCAGUUGAUUUCAUUGAAAUGUCAUUCUUAUGCUUUCAGUGAGUGGAAAGGGAUUGAUGGACAUCUUUACCUUGUGAUAAAAGUGCUAAUUGUCUAGCUCAUAAUUAAACAGCAAAACCUGAAGCUUUCUUGACAGGAAUAAAGUAUUUUUAAAUCAACUGCUAGAGCAGCUGAUAUUUUAAAAUUGGAAGGUAUACCAUCAGAACGGAGAGAAUAUAAUAAAAGUGCUUUAUGACUUGUAAAGCAUUUUAUGAAUAAAAGACCAUCUGUGAUAAGUUUUGCAACAAUAAUUGGGCUUGACGUUUUUUGUUGCUUACUAUAACUGCUACUACACGCAUGCAGUUUUCCACAGCAGAAAUGAGUUCUGUAGAUUAAUGUUUUUAUGAGCCUUGUACUUAACAUUUUCCCAUAUUUAGCACUGUUCAGUCAGCAGCAAGUUUUAAUCGAGAGCAGGAAACGAAAGUAUUUGCAAGUGUACAUGCAUACUUGAAGAAUUGAAAAACUGCAAUGUUUUAGACGGCCAGAGAGAAAAACUAGCAAUUCCCUAACCUUUCCUUAUGUUUGGAUUAUUGGUAAUGUGUAGUGAAGAUUUAGAUGCUUUGAAAGGAAUAUAGUCAGCUGCUGAUAGCAUUUGCCUAGUAACUCACCGUCCAUGGACAGGCUUGUUUGUCUGCCGUUUCCACUUGUCUCGGAAUAGGGGCAUGUUGUACAAUGACUAAAAAGCACAUGAACUGAAAUUCUGGUGUUAAAAGCGUUCAGAGGCCUAUGUUCACGAACUAUCAUCAGACCAGUGUUUUCUCAGACCUCUUGUAGUUUUGCACACCUGUGAAAUUGUGCAUUGUGAUGGUUUUAAUCUUUAUAUAUUAUCGACCAGAUGAGUGACUUCUUGGGAUAAAAAUGACUCGCCAUGCCUAUACCAGUCACUACAAAGAUAACUUGUGUAAUAGUAUGAGUUUUAUGCUUUUCAUUUUCUUGGUUGUAUGUGGCUUGCACAGCAUUAAAUUUAAACUUGGCUGUCACUGGCAGGUGGAGUCAGCAGGUUGUCACCAUACUUGGUAACUUGUCAGUAAAUGCAUACUGUAUGAUUUGGCUGGCCAUAGUCAUAUCCCUUAAGUUGAGCCACAAAUUACUACUGAAGCAACACCAGCAUGGCGAUAAUAAGAAUCAUAAACACUUUUUUUUAAACCCAUCGUAUGUCCAUUAAAAUGGUUGUGGGCAGAAAAAAGAAAAAAAUGAAAUACAUUUCAUGUUUUUUUCCAAGGGUUAAUGUGAAUGGUUGUGUUAAACAUUGCAAACUGUACUGAUUCGAGCUGGAAUGCAAAAAUCCAGUCAUUUUUGGAGUGGCAUUUGGCUUUUCAUUUCUUUUUUUUCCCCCAAGUCAUGGAACUUUGAGAAAUUCAGAGAGGCAUGAAUAGGUUUUCUGUGUAGUCACUAUAGGUACCGGGGAUCAUGAGUGAAAAGGCAAGUGAAUGAAUGGAAGAGUAAGCUGUUAAUUGUUUCAUGUAAACACCGAUCCAGCCUCCAGCGCCAGACAAGAUCUGUUAAAUUGCAUUAGGACUGUACAUUUUGUUCCCUGUAAAUAUAUGCUAAUGUCAUAGCUCCUGUAAUGGAGCCACUCUUCAUUUCUUGGUUAUGAAGAUAAUGCACGACGCUGGGUUGGUUGCAAUUUCUAGACUUGGGCCCCUCCCUCCCUCUCAUCCCAAAGAUGAUGCAUGUUGAACACAUAACACACAGAUUGUGAAUUGUUAUCAAAAUUUAAUGGGUGAGUGGUGGUUGAAUGCUGGUGCUACAUUUUUAACAAUUCUGUUUUUAUUUUUGUUGGCCUACCUAUGAUGAUGGUAAUGGGAAAAAUAAUUUGUAAAAUGUCUGUCACUUCUGCCGAUGUAUCUGCAUAAUGAUUAUGCAACUUUUGUCUGCUUGUUUUUGCAAGAGUCUUUUGUGGCUGGCUUUUUUUCCCAAUGUCAAAAUGGUUGAGAAUAUGUGUACAUAUGAAAUAAAAGUACUUUAAAACUUC